AUGACAGAAGAGGAAAUCGAAGAAAAAAACGAUAAUGCUGAAAAAAUAGAUUACGUUGAAUUCUUACGUACCACAGGACAGCUUAAAACUAAAAUAUUUGAAAUAAUUGAAAAUAACACUCAAAAUUUGAACAAUUUAUUAGUGAAACAAGAACACAGCAGCUGUCUUAGUAAUUCAAAAUCACUUCCACAAAUCAGAUUAAAGAGAAACGAAAUUGGAAGUAAAAGUAUGGACGAUGAAAUAAACAGUAAUACUCCCUGUACAUUCUAUGAAGCAGUAUCCACUUCCAAUUACUCAGUUGACAAAAAUCAACAAUGUGAAGUGUCAAAGCUUGCUGGACCACCAACAGUGUCAACUUUACCAAGCAUACUUCGUCCACCGAAACGAUGGCAGAAAAAAGCCUAUUAUUCAUUGGAUUCUUCACAAAAACAGAUUUUGGAUGAUAUGAAAAUCAUUAAUGAUGAAGAUCUAUUGCAUAUGCCAACAAUUUGCUCGCCAUCAACACAAAAAACAACAGAAACAAGUAGUAAAUAUGAUAAACGAGCUAAUAAUUACCAAAAUAGCAGUGAAAAUAGUUCAAAGUCCAAACAAUAG